UCGAUUCGUCAUCAUUUCGCGGAAACCGAYGCUUUCAUCUUCGUUCUGGGCGAAGAUCUCGUMAUUUUAACAGCUAUUCUGAAAUAGAAGCAAUGGAUUUCCGUUUGUUCAACUGUGAUCGRACAUAUGACCUUGAUAAUGUAAAGGCACUGAUCGUAAAAGUGUCUCCAAAAGCAAACGUUAAACAGCRCUACUUUCCACUGCCUCGCAUGUCAGAGCUUUGCAAUGAGUUAAACGAAGAAGGAACAUUCUCUGGCUAUGCUGUCUUUGUUGUUCAUGCACAUGAAUCGAGGUUGUCKUUAAAUGAAGUCAACGCKGGUAUUGGAUAUGCAAAGUUAUAUCGGACUUUGCUCAAAAUCACAGAUGGUCGUGUUCUCAUUGUAAUUGGUGGAGAUAACAACUACAAAGGACAAGAGCAAGACGAUGCUUUCUUAUCUCAAUGGGCAUGGCGAAAGAUAUGCUCUCAGUUUACCGAGGACUUCAUGGAUGGGACCAAAAGUUUUAUAUUUUCCUGGGACGAAGAGCACCGACCAAUUCACGAGGAAGCCUUGGCUUUUUAUCUCGACCCAAUCCGUAAGACACAGGGAAAGUUUGUGCCAAAACCGAAGCCUAAAGCUACUGUAGUUCGCCGUUCAACGGCUGGACAGAAAGACACAACAACAGAUCGACUAAAAUCCUCCAAUCAGCAUCAACCACCGGAACAUGGAGUUAAUAAAUCACAUCCAUUGGACGAUAAAAUUGGUUAUGCCACUGGAACUGAGAUGUUUCCACGAGAAAAGAACAAAAAUCGAGACCUUCCUCCAGAACCAUCAAAACAAUCAGAAAAUUUAAAAAAAGAUGACGGCAUGAAACCCCAGUUGUCUGGAACAAGUUUCAUGGAUGUUGACAAGGCUCCAGAUUCAAAAACUGUACAAAGAAGGGCUUUUCCUAUGGUCCAUGUUGUUUCAAUCCUGCCCAAAAACGACCAGAAAAUCGACAACAUCCUGAACAAUCCAGUGAUGAAUCUUCUUGGCGAUGUCUUUAAGUCUCUGUUCAUCCCCUGGGGUCCUCAUAUACCAGAUAUCGAACCCCAGGAUUUACCUAAACAUGUCCAAGCCACUAGCCCGGAUUUGGUUGUACUUGUAUCUGAGUACGAUGACUUUAUCGAUGUGACAAAUCUGGAGCCUCAAAUGAAACUAUUCAGGAAUUUGCUGACCAGUGUGAAGGAUGAAGAAAGCACUACACUAAUCACAGUGGUGACUGGUGACCCAUCAUACAAAAGAGACGAUCUGAGCUCAAGAGAUGUCGAAAGGGAAGUUCAAAACAUAAAUGGAGGAAUCUUGAAGCAUGAUAAGUUGAAAAUCAUGUCUUGGAACGCCUCUCCAAAUCGCACUCAUCGUGAUGYCAUUGAAAAUUUACUGCGCGAGUACAAACCAAAAGAACGACAAUUGAAGACAAGUGAAUUGGUCUCCUCCGAAUACGAUGUCAAAAAUGGGUUUUUAAAAUGUAGGGCUGUUAUUCAAGAUGGGCGUGUACUUGCCAUCCUAAAAAGUGAUCCAUGUGAUUGGAGCCCAAGUGAAAAAUUGCUCAAUGAUCUGAAGGCAGAACACCGAGAAAGGACGAAGGUUGAGUUUUGGGAGAAUGAUAGUGGUGUCGUUACAGUUACAGGUACAGUCGGAUGCAUCAGCACAGCACAACCUAUGCUGCGAAAAAUAGCGGAGAUCAGCCCUACAAAACAGAGACACUCUGCACAAGUUUACUCCUAUCAUUCCGAUAAGAGAACCUUUGGCAUUAUGGACAACUUCAUUAAAUGGAUUGCGACUGAUGCCGGUCGCUGCAAUCAUUCAGUCGAACUUCAAGGGCUGCUUCAAGAUGUUGUAGUAAAAAAGACAGAGUUGGUGGUGUUUUCUUGUGACAUGGAAAUUGCAAAAAACAUCGAACGUCCUGAAGACUUUCCCCUCGACUACAUGUCACAUGCUUCUCGUGCUCUUGGACAUUUACAGUGGAUAGUGAUCGUACUUACUGGUGACGAAAGCUGUAAAGAUGGAGAUCUUGCAUCGGAAAGCGCACUCCAGAUACUCUCUUCCAUUAACCAGCUGCUAGUGACUGUCGGAUUCCCAUCGGAGACAGAAAAGAUAGCAGUGAUGUCAUGGCGAGACAGGCCGUACAUUGAACAUCAAAAUAAGCUGAAAAAUCUUCUGGCCAGAUCUCAAUCAGCACAUAAAAAGCCAGCCAAGGAAACACCAAUAGCUGGAAGAACGACUCGUGAUCCAAACCCAAGCUCGGCCCAUCGACAACAACCAAGAAAAGAUGCUAGGGAAGUACCAUUAGAAAAGAUGACCGAGCCUACUUUUGACCCUGUUCAUGGGUAUUUAAGAUACAGGGCAGAUCUUGAAUAUGGCCGAGUCGUCAAGGUGAUAGAGCGUAACCCUCCUGAUUGGCAACCAGACAUAAGAGAUCUCCACUUUAUAGCUGGACAAAAUAUGACUGUGCCUAACGCUCAACUUGAGUUCUGGGCUAACAGCUUGGAUGGUCCCACCAAAGGGCCAAUCGUGAGAACUCCAAAGAAGAGCUGGGUUCCGAGUUUGCCAAGUCUUCCGAAAUCAUGGCGCCCCUUCUGAUUUGUAAUAUUAGUAAACUCAACCUGUAAUAUGCGGGAUAUUGUUUAACAACACAUAUCAAUUACAUAACUUAAUUAGUUGUGCAGAGAAUCAAAGGUGUGCCAAAAAUACUAUGUUUAAUGUUACCAAAAUGUCUUCAUUAGCAAAAUAGACGAUAUUUCAAGAUACAA